GUCCCCCGGCGCGGGUGGCGACGGCCCCGCCUCCCAUCGGCGCGCUCGGCUCGCACUGUCCCACCACCCGCCGCUUUGUAGCCGUGCGCGUGAGCGCCUGUGAGUGCGCGCGCCCGCCCGCGGGCCCGGAGUGGGUGGGUGUGCGCGCGUGUGAGAGGCCGCCUGCAGGAGGCGAGGCUGCCCUGGCCUCCCGCACCAGCCGGUGGAACCCAGCCCGGGAGGGAAGUCGCCGCAGCCAGCCGUCCCGCGGCCCUCCUGCCCUUUGGCCAGGCUUACGGUUCCUCCUAGCAUGACCGAGAUCUGAUCAGCCAACCCAAGCAUUGGCUCUUGUGCCUGGCAUUGCAGGGCUGGGGGCAUUUCAUUACUCCAAACUACAGCGCUGUCAUGGCAGCUGCCUCUACUUCCAGCCCUGGAAUUUCACAGCUCCAGUUCACAGCCAUGAACGAACCACAGUGCUUCUACAACGAGUCUAUUGCCUUCUUUUAUAACCGGAGUGGGAAAUACCUUGCCACAGAAUGGAACACGGUGAGCAAGCUGGUGAUGGGACUGGGGAUCACUGUCUGCGUGUUCAUCAUGCUGGCCAACCUACUGGUCAUGGUGGCAAUCUACGUCAACCGCCGUUUCCAUUUCCCUAUUUAUUACUUGAUGGCCAACCUGGCUGCUGCAGACUUCUUUGCUGGAUUGGCCUAUUUCUACCUGAUGUUCAACACAGGACCCAAUACUCGGAGACUGACUGUUAGCACAUGGCUCCUCCGGCAGGGCCUCAUCGACACCAGCCUGACAGCCUCUGUGGCCAACCUGCUGGCUAUUGCCAUUGAGAGGCACAUCACGGUUUUCCGCAUGCAGCUCCAUACACGAAUGAGCAACAGGCGUGUGGUGGUGGUGAUUGUGGUCAUCUGGACCAUGGCCAUUGUGAUGGGUGCCAUACCCAGUGUGGGCUGGAACUGUAUCUGUGAUAUUGAUCAUUGUUCCAACAUGGCACCCCUCUACAGUGACUCCUACUUAGUCUUCUGGGCCAUUUUCAACCUGGUGACCUUUGUGGUCAUGGUGGUUCUCUAUGCUCACAUCUUUGGCUAUGUUCGCCAGAGGACUAUGAGAAUGUCCCGGCAUAGUUCUGGACCCAGGAGGAAUCGGGACACCAUGAUGAGCCUUCUGAAGACUGUGGUCAUUGUGCUUGGUGCCUUUAUUGUCUGCUGGACCCCGGGACUGGUCCUGUUACUGCUGGAUGUGUGUUGCCCACAGUGCAACGUCCUGGCCUAUGAGAAGUUCUUCCUCCUCCUCGCUGAGUUCAACUCUGCCAUGAACCCCAUCAUCUACUCCUACCGUGACAAAGAGAUGAGCGCCACCUUCAGGCAGAUCCUGUGCUGCCAGCGCAGUGAGAACGCCAACGGCCCCACAGAAGGCUCUGACCGCUCAGCCUCCUCCCUCAACCACACCAUUCUGGCUGGAGCUCACAGCAAUGACCACUCUGUGGUUUAGAAGGAAGCCAGCCAGCCUCUGUGAAGCUGUGAACCCCCACCCCCUAUUGCCAGGGCAAGGUUGGGAGCCAGAGGAGAGGAAGCUACUCCUGUACUUAAACACUAACCAAUGGCAGUAUUUGUCCCUAGACCCAAGAGACUUGACAUAGCCUGGGGAUGAACCGAUGUGGCAGCCCCCUUUCUUCUUCUUUGGAAAAUAGAAAGUGUAUGUCUUGCAGUGGAAUUCAGAAACAGACUCUGGGGUGACCGUGUAGCCCUCACUAACUAGACUUAAAAGAUUUUGUGUGGUUUGGCCUCAGCCAGAAGAGAAAUCUGCCAAAUUGAGUGCACGGCUUUCUACAGGCUUCCCCUUUAAAAUACAAAACAAAAAACUCUGGAGGAUACAUUUCACUUAAUAAGUAUGUUUUUCCUGUCAGCAUGUUUCUGGUUGAAAAGACUGUUAAAUUCACAUAGGAGAAUUUUUUUUUCCACUAUGGAGGACAACUGUAAAUUAGAAUGUUUUUUGUGUUUGUUUAGAAAGCAAGCAUGUGGCGUGUGUAUACAGUAUGUUUUUCUUUAAAGAUGAAAGGAUAAUAUUUUAACUCUUCUAGAGGAUAGAAGAAGCUAGUAAAAAAUCAGUAUUCAUUUGGGCUAUGGAAGAAACAAUAUCCUCACCACUUUACCUUGUAAGGUAUUGGAACAGGCACGAAAGGCAGGGAGUGUGAGCUUAUCAUCCAAAGAGUGUAUACUCUAAAAACCUGAGAGAAGAUGAAGUGUGUAGUACUGUCCCUGCGUAGUUAAGACGCCCAAGUUCAUUCUUACUGCUGGGACAUUAGCGGAUUUUUUUUUAAGCCUGUGGUUUUCCAAGUUAUAAAAUAAUACAUACUUAAUUUAGAAAACUUGAAAAUUGUAGAACUGUGUGAGAAAGAAUAAGAAAAGAAAGAUUACUGAUAUAACAACCCAGAAGUAGCCAUCUUUACCAGCUCAUGCUGUAUGCCUACAGACAUAUAUACUUUUUUUUUACAUAAUUGGAAUGAUAUUGUAAAUUUUUUUGUAACUUUUUCCUUUCAGA